AUGGUCGAGAUCGAGGAAGUGCUUGCGUCGAACCGGCGUAUUGCCCAAAAGCUGCCUCCGCACAUGGUGGCAGUCUUUGCAGGUGCCACUUCUGGUAUCGGCCAUGCGACGAUGCUUGCACUGGCCAGGUAUGCGCAUUCGCCGCGUAUUUACGUGGUGUGCCGCGACGAGGAAAAGGGCGAAGCCAUGGUGACUCUGCUGCAGGAGACCAAUCCGAAUGGCGAGUACAUCCCUGUGAUUGCCGAUCUGAGCCGCAUGAAGGAGGUGGAUGUGGCAUGCAAUCAGAUCUGCAAUGCCGAAAAGGCCGUCCAUCUGCUUGUCCUCUCGCAGGGUACACUCGACAUGUCUUCCAAGACACCUGAGGGGCUUCGCACGAUCUGGGCGCUUUCGUACUACUCGCGCAUGCGCAUGAUCGAGCGUCUUCUUCCACUGCUGCGCCAGGCCGAGUCGCUGCGCCGCGUUGUGUACAUUCUUGCCGGCACCAAGGAAGGCCCCAUCAACACCGCCGAUCUCGCGCUGACGAAGACGUCGCCAUGGAAGGCGCACGGGCAUGUGAGCUCGUGUAUCACUCUCAUGCUUGAGGUGUACCAGGAGCAGGCGCCUGAGGUAAGCUUUGUGCACAGUUUCCCGGGCUACGUACCCACGAACCUGGUACGCACACUGCCGAAGGGCAUGGGCGCGGUCAGCCGCAUGUUUUCGAUCAAUGGGCGCAAGGUGCCGCUGGAGGAGUCAGGCGAGCGUCACCUCUUCCUCGGUACGUCCUCCCGCUACGCACCCGUGACGCUGGACGGUGUACCGCUGGGCCGUGGCGUGCCUGUUUCGGCAGCGCUGCGUGUGGCGAUCAGCUCGCAUGGCCGGGUCGGUGGCGGCGUAUAUACGGUGGACUCGUUCGGCCUUGUUGGUGGCUCGUCCGUGCAGGCUAUCCUUGCAGAAGCGCGCGAGCAGGGCCUGCCCGCGAUGGUAUGGGAGGUGUUGCGAGAGGACCUGGAGCGCACCUGUAAGCUGCCUGAUCCGCUGCCAGAGCCGCCGGAGCCUGUGCCGCAGCCGCAGCCCGAAGCGAUGCCGGCCGACGCUCAGAUCCAGGUGCCGCAGCUGACGGCGCGGGGCGUGUACCCUCUUGUGGCGCCAGUGCAGCCGACGUACCCCACGAUCGAGCCGGUGCCGCAACCUGCGCCGGAGGCACUCCCUGCUGAUGCCCAGCUGCAAGUGCCGCAACUCACGUCGCGGGGAAUUUACCCGCUUGUGGCACCUGUACAGCCGACCUUCCCUACACGCCAGGCGGUGCCGCAACCUGCGCCGGAAGUGCUUCCCGCCGAUGCCCAGCUGCAGGUGCCCCAACUCACAGCGCAGGGCGUGUACCCAAUUGUGGCGCCCGUGCGGCCGACUCGUGAGCCGAUUGAAACGCCCGCACCAGAACCGGAGCCGGAGCCCGAAGAGAACCAAGCUGUGCCUGCGCCGCGUUCAUCCAAGUUCUUUAGUCGGAUUCCAAUGCCAUGGCGACAUCAAUCUACAAACGUGGCGGACGCAAAUGUGGAUGAUCACGCCACCGAGCCUGGUUCGCCCCUAGCGGCAGGCGGCCAGCCCCGUCUGAGCACGGUGCCUGCAUCGCCCGCUCCCUCGCUUCAUCCGACGCCGUCACGCACGUCGAUGACCUCUACUGGGACCGAACGUCGAACAUCCCAUGUGCCUCGCUGGGGUCUGUUCCGUGCAAAGAAGUCAUCCAAUCUCGCCAAUGAAACGGGAGAGCCAGCCCCCGCCGCUGUGCCGGCGGAGCUUGCGCCGACCUCGAAUGCACAGCCGCUGCAGCCAGAGGACCCCGUGGCUCGCGGGUCUGCGAGCGGCGCGCAAGCUGAGACCCAAGCGAGCGUGCAAAGGGAGGCUCAAGCGCAGGCCGAAGCCAACGCUCGUGUCCGGGCGCAGGCGCAGGUCGAGGCCGAAGCUCGAGCCCGUGCCGAAGCGCAAGCUCGUGCACAGGCCGCACAGUACGAAGCCCAAGCUCGUACCCAAGCCCAGGCUGAGGCCGAGUCCCGAGCUCGUGCGCAAGCGCAGGCGCAGGCACAGGCCCAAGCCGAGGCUGAGGCACGAGCGCGUGCGCAAGCACAGGCCCAAGCAGAGGCCGAGGCCCGAGCGCGUGCACAAGCGCAAGCGCAGGCCCAAGCAGAGGCCGAAGCCCGAGCUCGUGCACAAGCGCAAAUGCAGGCCCAAGCGGAGGCCGAAGCCCGAGCUCGUGCGCAAGCGCAAGUGCAGGCCCACACACAUGCCGAGCCGGCCCAGUGGGCCUCCGCAGACGCCGGCCGUGCGCCCAUGUCUGCUACGUCUGACUCGGCUCCGGUCUUGCCGCCCAAAGACGAGGGCGACCUUGAUCCGGAUGUGGAUAUGAUCCCCUUCUACCUUGCGCCGCCAGCACAGCUUGCCUGA